CGAGCACCUGCAAUGGAGACCACAGAUGAUAGCAAGGACACAAAAAUGUCCUUGUCCAAAGAAGACAUUGCUUUUAAAUAUUUGCCUAUAGCAGGAGCUGUUAGCUAUGAAAUCUUUUCUUUGAAUAUCAUGAACCCUAGAGAAUUCUCAAAUGUGGUUGGUGAUAAAGAUAUCGUAUUGGCCAAUUCUAUUUGGUUCAAUGCUCACAUAGGACUAGGACUGUACAUGUACAACCAGAAACAUCUUCAAGCAUUGUCAAAUAGGGAUAGAAUAAUGUAUUCUGUAUUUGGAACAUGUAUAUUCAACUUUGGGUCAGUAUUAUUAUGGGCGACUGCCAAACAUGUUGUUCCAGAUGUACCAGUAUUUAGGACUUUAUUAGGACUUGCCUCUGGUUGUGGAUUGUUGUAUGUAGGCAAAAGAUACUUAGAUCAUCUUAAUUCAUUAUGAUGACUUAACCAUGCUGGAUUUGUUUGAUGAUUAUUUCCUUGUUGAUUGUGGAUUAGAUAGAUUUCUCAAAUUUAGUGAAGGAUAUUUUUAUAGACCAUCUUACAUAUCACUAACCAGUAAACCUUACUACAGCAGUUUUGUAGUAUUGUUUGUUACCAGUAUGUCAUAAAAAACACAAAUUUUAAAUAUGUUUUUAGGAUUCCAUACAACUGUUAAACAAUCAAUAUGUAUUAACUUUAUACAUGUACCUGUAUAAUUCUAUAGACUGUAAUAAUACAUGUACCACAAAACUAUAUUUUUUUUUAUCAUAAAGGAUAAUAUCAAACUGGUGAAAUAUGACAUGACAUCUAUUUGUGAUGGAUUUUUUUCUGUGAUAUUUUUCUAACAAAUGUUUUUGGUUAAUUCAGUGACUAAUGUUGAUGUUCAUCAAAUUGAAUUUCAGACUUAUAUUAUUGUUUGAAUUUUAUAGACAUUUAUUCUAAUAAACAUUUGGAAGAAAGUAA